AAGUUAAUAGUGAAGCAUAAUCAUCUUGUGGAGGAAAUAAAGGUGCACAUCCUGGAGCUAGUAAGCAACGAAUGUAAAAAUAUCUGUAAUCCCAACAACGAUUUUAUCCUGUGAAAGUCAACUCCAGAUGAUCUGAAAGCCUUUUCAUUCACCAGUUUAGAGGCAGACCUAAAAAGUUUUUCACCAUUCCUUUUCUCCAUUCUCACAACUGUCACCAACCACUCUGGAACUGCAACUUGCGCAGCAGCUUCCAUUGCUUUGAGAGGAAGAGAAGCCCGCCUGUCAGCCUUUGCAUACUACCUAGGUAGUAUACUACAUUAUGGUGGGGCAAAAAAAAGCAGUGUUUCACAGGCUGAGCAAAAUGGCCAUAACAACAACUCACAAAAACUCUGUAGAUAAGCAGAAAGAGUUGGCACUGUUAUGUGGGGGGUCUGUAAAAAUGUUAAAGGUCCAGAAUGAAGUUUUCCUGAACUCUGAAGCAGAAGGGAACAUCGAUGUUGGCCAGAGAGUGGACACCAGCGAAGACCAAAGCACAAGUGAUCCGAAUGGGCCACUUAACACUAUCGGGAAAAGCAUGGAAGAGCUUCACUUGUCAGACGAAAUGGCUCAUAGCAUAAAUGACUCUGAAAUCGCUGUGCUACCUUUCAGCAGAUUAAGUGACUCUGAAGCAGCAGAGCUGGGCUUGAGCUCCUUCGCUUUUCCGAUCACACCCUCCACUCCUCCACCAACAUAUUCCCUAAUAUUUGACAAUCUGGACUUUUUCAUGCAUGCACAUCAUCAGUCCACCCUGCACAACAACAAAUCCAUACACUGGAUUCAUCAUAUUGCAGUCCAAGAUAGAAUAACGACAUUUCACCUUGGCAAUGACAGACCGGACCAUGAUAUCCUUCAGUACGACCUUUGCAACUCACUCCCCGGACUAGAAACCCAAGCCCAUAUGCGUUGUGAGUUCAUUGUUCUUGGGAGCCGCAUCCUUACCCAGUACCUGGCUGUUUUUAAACCCUUCUUGAAUGUAGUGGUUCACCACUUGCCACAUCAAUAUACAGAGGAGAUGGCUAAGUGCUCCACUGAUAUGAGAGCAAAACGUCAGAUUUGGUGGAUGUACUUCGCCACCUUCAGAAAGAGUAUGUGCCAAAGGGACCAGAUGGGGUGUCAAAUGUUUUAGUAGGAGGUGACCGGCUGACUGAGGGGAACUGCCGAAACAUACAGUGGGCCUUCGCAGAUGGUGCUACAAAGGAAGACAGGCUGGAAGGUCUCAUCUUUAAGUUUGAGGACUGGCAUGCCAUCAGAAACCUCUUUGAAGUCUAUCAUCGGAUUUUCUAUGAUGGUGCAUCCUCAAAAGACCAUGGCACACUUCUUGCCAACAUGAUGAAGUUGAG